GAAAACCCAAACCCGAAAUAGAUAAAAGAUUUUCACUUUCUCAAUUUUUCUCUCCCACGCCUAAUCUUACACUGAUCGGCACCAUCCCUCGUCCCGCUCAUCCCUUCCUUCGACGACAGACACAUCCAGUAAACACCAGAAUGCGCUUCCAGGCUUCUAAUUAGAGUAAGCAUCAGUCCAUAAGAAGCCCAAGGAUUAUAAUUCAUGGUCGCCAACUCUUGAAGCAGUCUUUUAAGGAGCACUCAUUUCGAUCGCCUCAUUUUUAUGAUGUAUGGAACAAAAGCCAUCCAACUGGUCAAAGAAAUUGCAAAUGGUGAAAAGGGGCAGCUCACGCCUUUCAGUAGUGAUGUAUUUAGUGAAGUAAUUGCAGAAUGUAGUCAACACUUUGCUGACCUUCGAUCUUUGAUAAGAAAAAUGCAGGAAGCAGGAUUAGAUGUCGAAACAACUAAGGAUGAGGACCACUAUGGGCAGCUCAUUCACCACCUCUCUUUAGUUCGCAAUAAACGCUGCUUGAUGGCAUAUAUGUACAACCGAGCCGAAAUUUUACGAAAUCUGGUAUGGAAGGUCGGGUCUGACAUUCCAGAAGAAAUUCAAGAGAAGCUUAGUCACUCAGAGAAAGAGUACUUUAAGAAACAUUCAGAAGCUUUAAAAUCAUAUAUGUCGAGAGUGCUUCUCGAGUUGGCAGUGGAUAUGGUGCCCCCAAAAGAUCCCUACAUCAAGGUGAGAGUACUCGAUGACAUGGGUGAAGUAGAAUUACCAAGCGAUAAUACGGCCAAUUUUGCUCGUCACUCCAUGCAUUUUCUUAAACGAACUGAUGCUGAGAAAUAUAUUUCACUGGGCAAGAUGGAGGAGCUCACAGGCUGAUUUAAUUGGCUCAACCUGCUAAACAGUCUUCCUCGGACUCCGUACUAUUCUGUAUACUAUUCUGUAUACUAUUGUAUCAUGUUCAGUUUGUGGUUAAAUUAAUAAUUGUUUUCUUAAUUUAUCCUUAAUAAUGUAGCUUUCCGACUAUAUUAGCAUAAACAUGUCGUGUGUGGCAGUUCCCUGCACAAAUUAUGUUAAUGAAGUUGACGGUUUAAGUGCUUA